AUGAAUCAGUAUGAUCAGUGGAAUCGUAGAAUUCGGACAAUAUGGUACUGUAGUAGUCUGUAUAUGGAAUAUAAGAACGCUCUGAGGAAAUCUAAAAAAAUGCCAGUAGAGAAAAAAAAUGAAUACUGGGAAAAGAAACAUGAAGAGUUUGCUACAAAGAUGUUAAAUAAUAUAUAUGAAUUAAGAGGUUGGUGGGUUAAAGUAGGACAAUUUUUAAGUACCCAAGAAAACAUCAUGCCUGUCGCUUAUAUAGAAAAAUUUACUAAGCUGCAAGAUAUGAUGCCUACCUCUUCAUUUGAUAAAAUAGAAAAUAUUUUAAAAAAGGAAUUAGGUAACAUUUAUGAAAUGUUUGAACACAUCGAUAAGGAACCGCUAGCUAGCGCUUCUAUUGGACAAGUUCACAAAGCUAAAUUAAAAAAAUAUGAUAAACAUAUAUGCGAUAUAGAUAGUAGAAAACCUAACGAUUAUAAUGUGAUUAUAAAAAUUCAACAUGAAGGAAUAGAUCAGUUUUUGUCAUCAGAUAUAAGUACUUUAAAAAAGGUGUCUUGGGCAUUUGGAUUAAUAGAUAAGAAUUUUUAUUUUACAGAUUUUAUAGAUGAAUGGCAAGAUUCUGCUUCUAGAGAAUUAAAUUAUAAAUAUGAAUUAUAUCACCAAUUGUUAGCAUAUAACAGUUUUAAAAAAUCAGGAAUUCCUGUAAAAAUACCUAAAAUAUAUUGUGCUCAUACAACAUCUAAGGUAUUAGUUAUGGAAUAUAUUAAAGGAUUUAAAAUAACCGAUACUGAAUUACUUAAGAAAUAUAAUGUGGAUACAUAUAAAAUGGUCUAUAAAAUUAUUGAUUAUUUUGCUUAUCAAAUACAUAAUGAUGGUUUUUUUCAUGGGGACCCACAUCCAGGAAAUAUAUUAGUUAUGAUGGAAGAAAAGAAAAAAAAAAGAAAAAAGAAAAGAGAAUAUAGUAAUAUAAAAAGUAGUAAAGAUAAAAUUAAUAACUUGAAAAUUAAAAAUGAAAAUAUAUCUAUGAAAAAGAAAAAAAAAAGUCAUAAUAAAAGUAAUAUUAAUUCUAAGAAAAAGAUAAGAAGACAUAGAAAAAAAAAAAAAAAUAUAGAAAUAAAUAAAGAAGAAAAAAAAAAUAAAUAUAAUAAUGAUAUAAAUUAUGGUGAAAAUAAAAAUGAGGAUAUAAUAACAAAUAAUCCUAAAUUACAAAAUAAUAGUAGUGAUAUGAAAAAUAUAAUAAAAUUUACAAGUUUCUCUAAAAGUGUAUCUUCAUCUAAUGCUUCAAUGGUGGAUAAUUUUGUGGAUUCAAGAUAUAAUAUUGAUAAAAUGAGAGCUCCUAAUAAUUUUUCUAAUCCUUUUCAUAAAUCUUUUAGUUUUGUUGAUUAUUCACUUAAUCAAGAUGUAGAUUCAGAUAAAAUGAAUCAAGAAGAUUAUGAAUAUAUUUUGAAAGAAAAUAUGAGUGAUGGUUUAGAUCAUAUGAAAAAUUGUCUAUCUAGAUCUCAUGAAUAUAUAUCAUGUGAUCAAUCAAGAAGUGGAGUAACAUCUAUUGCGACAAGUAGGAAAACACAAAAUAGGGAUUUUAACAAAGCUAGCGAAAAUAGUAUUAUGGAAUCUAGAGAAACAACAAUGUUUUCUUUUGUAAACAAUAUGGAGGAAUUAGUCAAGAUGAAAACGGAGACAAAUUUGGAACUACAGGAUAAAGGAAAUGAUAAAAUGGUUAAAGGUAAUGAGAGUAACCAUAAAAAUGAUAAUACAAAUAUUGAGGGGAACACUAAAAUUGGGGGUAACACUAAUAUUGAUGGUAAUACCAAUAAUGGUGGUAAUACCAAUAAUGGUGGUAACACUAAUAUUGAUGGUAAUACCAAUAUUGGUGGUAAUACCAAUAAUGAUGAUAAUAUAUACAAAUCCAAAUGCAAAGAUUCAAAUUUAAAAAAAAGAAAAUAUUCCAAAUACAAUUUUGUACCUGUUAUUAUCGAUUGGGGUUUAAUCAAACAAUUAGAUAGUGUUAUGAAAUUCGCAUUUUGUAAAUUAGUUUAUAAUAUUAGUUGUAUGAAUGUAUUAAAUAUUAUAGAAGCAUUUGAAGAUAUGGGUUUCUGCUUUAAAGAAGAUUUUACAUACGACCCUGAAAUAUAUAUUGAGAAUUUAAAAACAUAUUUUUUAAGUAAACUAGAAGAAUCUAAAAUUAAAAAUACUGAAGGAGAAAAAGAAAGUAGUACUGCUAAUACUGUUGAUGAAACGAAUAAAAAUAAGAAUAUGGAAAUAUUAAAAAAUCUUGAAAAAAAAGAUGUUAUUGAUAAAAAUCCAAUUAGUGAUGUGCCUAAGGAUAUUAUAUUUUUUAUGAGAGUUGCAUCAUUAUUACAUGGAUUAUGUACUCAAUUAAAUGUAAAAAUUAAUUAUUUAAAUAUUUUUUCAAGAAGAGCUAAAGAAGCUUUAGAAAAAAUAUAUAUACCUAUAAAUAAUAGUAUACAUACCAUACCAAUAGAUAAAUGUCCAAAUACAUAUAUAGAAAAAAGAAUUCAUCAAUUUUUAAAAACAUUAUUUGAAAAAAAAAAAAUUUUAGGAUGUCAAGUAGCUAUUAUACAUAAAAAAAAGUUAGUUGUUAAUACAUGUGUAGGAAUUACAAGUACUACAGAUAAAAGACCUAUAACAAAACAUUCUUUAUUUAAUGGAUAUUCAUUAAACAAAAUUAUUUUAAAUAUAGCCCUUUAUCAUCUUAUUUGUAAUUCAGUGAAUGAACAAACAUCAGGUGAAAGUAUUCUUCUCGGUAUGGAUAAGAAAAAGGAUAAACUGGGUGAAAAGAUAAGUCAAAAAAUUCAAGAAAAAAUAAGUGAAAAGAUAAAAAUUAAAUCGAGUGCAAAGGAAAAAAAUCAAUCCGAUGAAAAGAUUAAAAUUAAGAUAAACCAAAAGGAUAAGGGUAAAAGUCAAGAAAAUAAUAAGCAAAUAAAUAAUGACAAUAGUAAGGACAAUAAUAAGGAUAACAAUAUGAAUAAAUUAAACGAAAUAAAUAAAAAUAUAAUACAUGCAAAUGAUAAAACAUCUAAUAUGAAUGAUAAUAAUAAACCUGAAAAGGAAGGUGAAGAUGAAGAUGAAGUAGUGGAUGAAGUAGAGGAUGAAGUUGUUGAUGAUAAUAAAACAGACAAUGAAAAUAAUUAUAUUACAGAAAAAUUAAAUGAAAUUAAUAAAAUCGAAAACGAUUAUUUUUCUGCUAAUGUUAAUGAAAAUACAAUUAAAUGUGAAGAGUUUGUUAAGAGUAAGGAUAUAAAUCCUUUAUCUGUUAAUAGUUUUAUAAGUUUUGAUAGUUACAAUAGUUAUAAUAAUAAUGUUAGUUGGAUUAGUAGUAUGAGUAGGAAUAGCUACAAGAGUAUGAUUGAAAGGAUAGAGGAUGACAUUGAAUAUAAAGAAAUUAAUGAUGGUGAUAUACAAAAUGAUAGUAAGGUUAGUUGUAUGAGUGAAAGCAAAAAGGAUGAUAAAUAUAAAGCAAGAGAUAACAUACAUCACAAUGAACAUCACAAUGAACAUGACCAUGAUAAUAAAACUAUUAAGAGUAAUAAAGAUAUACAGGAAAAUACAAAUAUAUAUCCAAACAAAUCAUAUAAUAAAAUGGAUACCUUAAUGAAAAAGAAACAAAGUUAUAUUGAUGAAAAAAACUUUAUAAAAAGUAUAGAAAGCAAACAAAUACGAAAUUUCAAAAAUAUCAUUAAUGAUCAUAUUUGUAAUUAUUGGGAUGGUUUUAUAUGUAAUAAUAAAAAAAAUAUAACUAUAAAAGAUAUAUUAACUUUAAAGUGUUUUAUUAAGAAACCUUUCCAUGAUAAAAUAACUCUAAGCAAAUUUAUAGAUUAUGAUCAAAUGAUAAACAUGAUUGAGAAUUCCAAACAUUAUAAGACAUCAGAUAAGACAUCUAAAUAUGGAGAGUAUUUAUAUUUAAUUGAUACAUAUAUUAUAUCUGAGUUAAUACAUAAUAUAUCAGGAUUACAUUAUUAUGAAUAUAUAUAUAAAUAUAUAGUGAAGCCAUUAAAUUUGAGUGAAGAAAUGUUCGUACCUAUACCUUCAGAAUUAUUGAAAAAUCAAAAACAAGAAGAUUCAAAAAAGAAAAAUGUGAACAAUCAAACUAAUUUAAAUACCAGCGGUGUUACUAAUAUAAAUUUAGAUAAAACAAAAAAAUAUAUAAAAGAUAAAAAAACAAAUAUGACAGAUAAAAAAUCUGUUGUUAUUGAUAAAAAAUCUACUGGCUUAGACAAAUGGCCUAAUAUGAUGAAGGAUUUUACAUCAAAUACUUUAAAAAAUAAUGAAUACAAAUCAACUUCUUUUAUUGGUGGUAAGAAAUUUAAAAAGUCUAAUACUAUUUCGAAUAUGAUCGAAGAUAUAAAUGAUGAUAUGAAUUUCCAUAUUAUGAAUUCUGAACUUUUAAAGUUUGAAAAUAUUAAUUUAAAGAAUAAAAUGUCGAGCAAAAAAAAAAUUUUUGAUAGUAAUGAAAAAAUAUUAUCAAAAAAGAGAAGCAUAAGUGUUGAUGUUUAUUAUUCAAGGAAAAAAAUGAAAGAUGUUAGUAAGAAGGAGAAAAAAAAAAAUAAGGAUAAGAAGGAUCAGAAGGGAAGUAAAAUCAAAGUGGAUUUUGAGAAACGUGAAAAGGAAGAAAUGAAGAAUGUCGAUAAAAAAGACGAAAGAGACCAAUCAAAUGAACAGAAAGAUAAAAAAUAUGAAGACAUAGGUGAAAAAUAUGAAGACAUAGAUGAAAAAUAUGAAGACAUAGAUGAAAAAUAUGAAGACAUAGAUGAAAAAUAUGAAGACAUAGAUGAAAAAUAUGAAGGCAUAGGUGAAAAAUUUGAAGAUAUAGUUGAACAAAAUAAUGAUGAUAAUAAUGUAAAAACAAACGAUGUUUAUCAUGACAUUAUAGAAGAGAAAGAAGAUAAUGAAUGUUGUAAUAAUAAAAUAGAAAUAUCAAAGGAUCCUUUAAAUGAAAACCAAUUUAAUAUAAAUAAUAAAAUGAAUAUUUUAAUAAAUAACGAAAUUAUAGAUAAUGAAAAAAAACUAGAUACAAAUGAUCUUCUUGAAAGUACGUUAAGAAAUAAAGAAUCGUUUAGUUUUAAAAAUAAAUUUUUAAAUCAUGUAGAUAAUUUAAAAUUAAAAACAAAGAAAAUAAAUGAUUCUAUAAAAAAUAUGUAUGAAAAUAAUGAAAAUACUUUUUUGAAAAAUUUUUUCCUUUCACCCAAGAAAAAUGAUAAUCUAGAAAGUAACUUAGAUCAUAAAAAUAUAGAAGCUAAUUGUGUAGAUAAUAAUAUGUGUGAAAGUAAUAGUUUGAAUAAUAGUGGUUACAAUAAUAGUUUUUAUAAUAGCUUUUAUAAUAGUCAUAGUAAUAGUAAGAAUAGUAGUAAAAUAAGAAACUACAACAAUACAGAUAAUGUAAAUAAUAAUGCUAAUAGUGAUACUAUAAAUUAUAGUCACAAUGAUAAUAAAAAGAAUAAUAGUUAUAAUAAUAAUAAUAUUAUUAUGGGUAGCCAAUAUGUUUAUAAUUAUAAUAACAAUAAAGAUAUAUUAAAAGAAAAUCAAGAUAAAAAAUUUAAUAUGAAUAAAUUUAAUAGAGUAACAUUAUCGAAUCAGAAAGGAACACUUUUUAAGAAUAAAAAAGAUGAGCUAUUUUUAAUUGAAGAAAGAGAAAAGAGAUCACAUAGUUAUAGUGACUGCAGAAAUGAAUCACAUAAUGAGAUGAAAAAAUCAUAUAUGGAAAAUAUAAAUAAUAUAAAUAAUUAUAGUAACAGUAGUAUGAAUUAUUUAAACUAUUAUAUUAAUAAUAAGAAGAGUGCAAAUUAUAUGAAUGCUAAUGGUGUGGUCAUAAAAUAUGAUGAUUAUAAUGAUAAUAAUAUAAAUAAUAAUAUGAAUAAUAAUAAUGAAGGCAAUAGUACUAACAAAAUGAGUUUUUUUACAAACACUAUAUUGAAUACUUUUCAAGAUAAAAAUAAUAAGACAAAAAAGAAAAAAGAAGUGAAAUGCUUAAGUAAUGAAGAUAGAUAUUUUUAUAAUUUAGAAGAAAGAAGAAAAUAUUAUAAAUAUAAUUUUGAUAAAAAUAUCAGGAAAUUAUUUGAUAAUGUAGAUACAAAAACUAGUGGUGAAGAAUCAGCAAAUAGUGUAUUGAAAGAAAAGUAUAAUAAAUAUCAUAAGAGAAAUAAAAAAUAUAAAAAGCUCUUUGAAUAUAUUAAAGAGUUAAAAGAUCAUAUAAAAAAAACAAGUGAUCAUAUUAGAGAGGCAAAUGAGGCAUUUAUAAGAAACAUAAAACAAAAGCAACAUGUAGAGAAAAAAAAUGAUGUAGAGAAUAAAACAAUUGAAGAGUGUAAAAUAAUUCAGGAGAGUAAAAAUGAUGAAGACAAUAAAAUAAGUGAGGACAAUAAAAUUAGUGAAGACAAUAAAAUAAGUGAGGACAAUAAAAUUAGUCAGGACAACAAAAUUAUUGAAGAAAAUAAAAGUAUUGAAGAGAAUAAAAAUAUGGAAGAAAAUAAAAAUAUUGAAGAGAAUAAAACUAUUGAAGAUAAUAAAACUAUUGAAGAUAAUAAAACUAUUGAAGAAAAUAAAAAUAUUGAACAAAAUAAAAAUAUUGAAGAGAAUAAAAAUAUUGAAGAGAAUAAAACUAGUGAAGAAAAAAUAACAAACGAUGACAAAUACGAAUUUAUUCAAGAUACGGAAGAACUUAUAAAAAAGGUUACUAAGAAAGAUCAAGAAUUGUUGAAAAAAUUAAUAGAAUAUAAAUACCAAAUAUUAAAAAAACAAAAUAAUAAUCUUAUGAAAAAAAAGAAUAAACAAAACAUAUAUAUGAAUGAUUACUCAGAUAAUAUAGAAAUGUUUAGUGAUACUGAAACAGAUUCUACUAAUUAUUAUGAUCAAGAUGAUGCAGAUUAUGAUGAGCAUAUGGUUGAAUAUAAUAAUUAUCAUGAUGAAAAUAAUCCAAAUACAAAAGAUUAUAUAUUUUAUGAUAAAAAGAAAACUAGAAGAGAAAUGAAAGAGUUACGACGAUUUAAUGAAAGGAAAAAAAGAUUAGAAACAUAUCUAAUUAUGAAUAAGUUAUAUAAUCAAAAUAAAAAAGGAGUUAUUUCAAAAGAAUAUCAUACUAUUAAUAAAAAAACAGAUGUAUAUUGGAGACUAGCAUUUGCAAGAAGAAAUAUUAAUGUAUUAGAUAACGUAACACAAGAAGAUCUAAAUAAUCAAUUAGAAAUGUUAAAAUCUAAUGGAAAAGUUUCAAAAAAAGCAACAACAAAUAAUAAAGAAAAUGAAAAUGAAGAAAAAAAUAAAAAUAAUAAAAAUAAUUAUAUGAAUAAUAGUAGUAAUAAUAUAAGAAAUGAUCAAGACAAAUCAUUAAAUGAAAAUAAAAAUUUUGAUAAUAAACUUAAAAUGUAUGUAGAUAAUUUUAAUAUUAAGCAGUAUAAUAAAUAUAUAUCAUUAUUCCAAUUAAUGCAUUCAAAACCAUAUAUUCUGGAUCCUUUAAUUUAUGAUUCUAAAAAAAUACUAGAUAAAUUUAUUCCAAUAAAUGGUAGAUUUACUGCUAAGGCAUUAUGUAAAUUAUUUGCAUUUGUUAAUAACCAAUUUUUUUUUCCAUCAUAUAUUAUUAAUAAAAUAAGAAAAAAAUAUACUAUUGAUAAAAGUAUAGAAGCUUUAAUAUUAACUGGAGCUAUGAGUAGAACAUGGGGCAUGGGAUUUCAACUUUUUGAAUGUGAAUAUAAUGCUGAUAUUAAUGAUGAAUUUAAUUUAUAUAAAAAAAAAAACAAAAAGAAAUAUAAAACAAAAAAUGUAUCUUCUAAAAAAAAAAAAAAUAAUAAUAAAAAAAAAAAAAUUGUAGGAUAUGGACAAUCAGAUUUUUCAGGAUGUUUGGCUUUAUCAUUUCCAGAAAUUGAUUUAUCUAUCACUAUACUUUUAUCUGACAUAUUUAAAGGAGCAGAUGUCUGUCAUCUCUUAUUAGAAUAUAUAUUAAAAUUGUAUGGACUGAAGCCUCAAUGGAAAGUGCCUAUAGAAAUGUCUGAACUUGUCAAAGCUUUUUGA